AUGGCUAAUAGGAGGAGGACAGGCGAUGCGGGCGCUGAUGAGAUUGCACAGGCAAUCCACAUGAUGGUAGAUGCCAUGCAGCCGGUUGCGGCACAGCCGAGAGCUAUGGUGCCACCUACUAGAGCGGUGACCAUGGAAGAUGUCCUAAAACAUAAGCCGUCAAAGUUCAACAGCAAAGAUACUCCGGAUGAGGUCAAUGCUUGGCUCAGGGAGUGCGAAAAAAUAUUUAGAGUGCUUGCGUGUAUUGAAGCACAACAGUUGAGCUUUGCCACGUUCCUGCUGGUGGGCGAUGCGGAGUACUGGUGGACGGGAAUGCAAGAGCAGAUGCAGACCUGUCAGGAGGAGGCCUAUAUCGACCGCUUUGAGUACUUGGUGAGGUUUUACGCGCAGGCGAUCACAGAGGAAUGGCGCUGUCGCAAAUUUGAGGGAGGCUUGAGGCAUGAGCUGCGCAGAGUCUUGGUGCCAUUGCAGAUCCGGGAGUUUCCAGUUCUGGUGGAGCAGGCCAGGACCGUGGAGGAACUGGAGAUGGGGCCAAGUCGGGUCGGGAGAGCACAGAAAAAUACUCUUGAGGCCCGACAACAGAAGACACCAUACAGCAGGCCACAACCUUCCUCCUCAAGGCUGCGAUGUUAUAACUAUGGUGGCCCAUACCUUCGUAGGAACUGCACGAAGGCGGCAGGCAGUUUGGGUGCUAGUACGGAGCACGCGAAAUGUUAUAAAUGUGAGAAGAUGGGCCACUAUGCCAGUGAUACUCACUCGUUCAUCUCCCAAGAAUGUGUGAGUAGGCUUGGAAUUGUAGCUCGUGAUUUGGGGUGUGAGCUGGCAGUCUCGACACCUGCAUCCGGGCAAGUAUCUACUAAUCUGGCAUGUUCUGAUUGUGUUAUUGAAGUGGCAGGACACAAGUUCAAAGUGAACCUCAUUUGCUUGCCAUUGGAAGGGUUGGAUGUGAUACUCGGGAUGGACUGGCUGUCGGACAAUCACGAGGCGACCGAUGGAUCUUCUUGUUAUGUGAUAAUGGUGCAGCCGGAGAAGAGAAGCGCGGUUGAUCUGGUCAAAAGCAUACCGGUAGUGGGAGAAUACGCCGAUGUGUUCCCAGAUGAAGUACUUGGGUUACCACCCAGCAGGGAUGUAGAUUUCACUAUAGAUCUCGUCCCUGGGCCAGUAUCAAUGGCUCCAUAUAGAAUGGCCCCGGCAGAGUUGGCCGAAUUGAAGAAGCAGAUUGAAGAUUUGCUAGAAAAGAAGUUCAUAAGACUGAGCGCGUCACCUUGGGGGGCCCAGUGCUACUAG